AUGGCAAAACUUCAAGCUGCCACCGUCUCGAAUCAACUUGUCCGCAAGCAAAAGCGAAAGGCGCCUUCUGAUGUUGCAGAAGCUGAACCCCUUGAUGCUCUGCCUUCAAUUCCUACAUCAACAGUCGCAACCAAAACACAUGAUGGAGGCAAGAAACCUAGGCGAGCGUCCAAGGAUACAAAUGCUGGCAAGGGAAAGCUUCCUCUAUUGCGCCUGGAUUCUUCGACAGUGGUCGAGACCUCUAUCCUCUGGCCUGACGAGCUGACCAAGCUCGCUCAGGCGCACCGCGCCCUGAACCUUGUCUACACUUUCUGUUGCACCCGCAAGCACUUGGCCACCACAUUUGAGACCAUCAAAACAGCAGUAGAAGGUCACAUAAAGCGAGAAUUAUUGAUCACGGAUGUUGCCCGGAUCAAGGCCCUUGUGCCUCGAGCUAUCAACUUUGCCUACGUGGAUGAAUCCAGCUUGCAAGUCGCAGUGCUUGGAGAGGAGGAUGGAAUCAAGGGUGGUAGGGCAAAGGAAUUUCGGCCACUCGAGCUUUCCAAAGAGGGAGCGCCUGAACGGGAUGCAUAUGAUAAACAGAAGGAGCUCCUGUUGUUCGAGUUCAUUGAUGGAGAUUUGAAGCGACAAGUGACAAACUCGAAGACAGGGGAGCCCACUAAGCCUUUCCGGAAACUUCGAGAGGAAGACUUGAAAAUGCCGGUGUAUAGCCAGAAACAGAUGAUGAAGUUGAUAGAGAAAAGGAACACCAAGUUCACGUCCGCUAUCAAUGCUUUUCUCAAUCAAUGUGCUGCCGAUGAUGUUAACCCUAUAGCGACAUUGAAAGAAAGAGAGAAGGAGUACAUUCCUAGACCAUCUGAUAACAAGGGAGACUCUCCAGCACCGGCACUAGCGAAGCCUCCACUAAGGAUUCCCACGGAGCGUGACACCGUUGCGAAGAUCAUUGCAGAUAUAAAAGCAAUGGAAUGGUAUACGGGGCAGAUUGUGCCGGAAGGCCAUCGCGUCUUUGACCCUCAGCAGCCCAUUUUCGGUGACCUGAACUUCCAAUUGUCGCAGAAUUUGGUCAAUGCAUUGUACAACACUCGGGGCAUCACCCAGCUCUAUUCUCAUCAAGCGGAGGCGAUAAACAACCUGUAUGAAGGUUUCAAUGUCAUAGUAUCCACGUCAACAAGCUCUGGGAAAUCUCUAAUCUAUCAGAUUCCCAUGUUACACGAGCUAGAACAGGAUCCUAACGCUCGAGGCAUGUACAUAUUCCCUACCAAAGCACUUGCCCAAGACCAGAGGAGGAGCAUGAAGGAACUACUUCGUUUCAUGCCGGGGCUGGAGAACUUAGUUGUUGAUACUUUCGAUGGGGAUACCCCUAUGGCUGAUCGACACCUCAUUCGCGAUGAAGGCCGAAUUAUCUUUACGAACCCAGAUAUGCUGCACAUCACCGUCCUUCCCCAGGAAGAUAAGUGGCGAACUUUCUUACAAAACCUCCGAUUUGUAGUGGUCGACGAGCUUCACGUCUACAACGGACUUUUCGGCUCGCACGUAGCUUUCAUUAUGCGAAGGUUGCGAAGAAUUUGUGCGGCCGUGGGAAACCGUCACGUGAAAUUCGUGUCGUGCUCUGCUACUGUUGCAAAUCCAGAAGAGCACAUGAGAACAAUAUUUGGCGUGGGGAACAUCAAACUCACAGAUUUCGACGGGUCACCGUCUGGUAGGAAGGAGUUCCUGUGUUGGAACACUCCGUUCAAGGAUCCCAAAGAUCCCUCUUCGGGUAGAGGAGAUGCUAUGGCUGAAACGGCAAGGCUUUUUUGCCAGCUCAUCUUACGUGGGAUCAGAGUGAUUGCCUUCUGCCGAGUUAGAAAACAGUGUGAGGUUCUCAUCACUGCAGUACGAAACGAAGCCACAAAUCUGGAAAGGCCCGACGUCGCCGCUCGAAUCAUGGGGUAUCGCGGAGGUUAUGCACCGCAAGACAGACGGAAGAUCGAGAAAGAAAUGUUUGACGGGAAAUUAAUGGGCAUUGUGGCGACCAAUGCUUUGGAACUCGGGGUUGAUAUUGGAUCACUGGAUGCUGUGAUCACGGUUGGUUUCCCAUACACUAUCGCCAAUCUACGACAACAGAGUGGUCGAGCUGGACGAAGGAAUAAGGAUUCCCUGUCCGUUCUGGUUGGCGACUGCUUUCCCACCGACCAAUAUUAUAUGGAAAAUCCUGAUGAGAUUUUUACGAAACCUAAUUGCGAGUUGCAGGUAGACCUGCAAAACAUGCUUGUGCUGGAAGGUCAUAUACAAUGCGCAGCUUUCGAAAUGCCAAUCCGCCGGGACGAAGACAAACUGUACUUUGGCAAGCAAUUACCAGAAAUAGCAGAGGAACGAAUGGUAAAAGAUCCUUUAGGUUUCUAUCACUGCAACGAACGCUUUCGACCUCAACCCUCGAAGUGCGUUGCCAUACGCGAUACAGAGGACGGCCAUUUUGCAGUGAUUGACAUCACCAAUGGCCGUAAUAUCGUUCUUGAGGAGGUCGAGCCAUCUCGAGCCUUUUUCACAAUUUAUGAAGGAGGUAUCUUCCUGCACCAAGGCUAUACAUAUCUCGUGAAAGAGUUCUCUCCAGAACAAAAGUACGCCAAAGUCAGUCUCGUGAAGGUCGACUGGACCACUCAACAGCGUGACUACACCGACGUCGACCCAAUCGAAACUGAGGCAAUCCGUCGUAUUCCAGACUCUCUUUCCCGCGCUUUCUAUGGCGCCAUCAAGAUCCGCGCCCUUGUAUUCGGCUUUUUCAAGAUCGACAAGAACCGACGCAUUCUUGACGCGGUCCAAGUGGACAAUCCGCCUAUUGAUAUAUUCAGCAAGGGUAUGUGGCUAGACGUGCCUAAGUCUGCUCUGAACCUGUUGAACAGCCGGCGACUCAAUGUUGCUGGUGCUAUCCAUGCAGCAGAGCAUGCAAUCCUCAGCUUGAUGCCACAAUUCGUAAUCAGCAUGCCAGGAGACGUACGGACUGAAUGCAAAAAUGCGCUGAAAGAAUUCGCAACGAAAGAGACCUCUCGAAAGCGUCCUGCGCGACUGACAUUCUAUGACGCCAAGGGGGGUUCUGCAGGCUCUGGCAUCUCGACAAAGGCCUUUGAGUUUAUCGAUCUUUUCGAGAUUUGCAAAGAGCAGAACAUGGUAAUGAGUAAAGCUGGUAGCGAGGUCAUCUUGAAGUGCCUCUUAGGCAAAGAAGGAGACAUCAAUGUCGAUGCAUUGCCGUGGGGCCCAGAUGAGAAUACACCGGCGGGUAUCGAGACCGUCGUCGCUGCUGAGACGAUCAGACCAGCCCGCGGUAAAAUCUUAGAGGAGGUUCUGAUCAAAAGAAUUUCUGGUGGUGUGCAGCGGGUCGUCCUUGACCACGUUGGGGACGGAAGGGAGGAUGGGAACCAAGAAGUGAUUGAAAUCAAGGAAGAAUCAAUUGAGUGA